UAAACAUCAUCAGGCUGUGGAAACGUUCUUCUCCUCCUCAACAACUUGGUGGAGUUCUUUCCAGAAGCAGAGAAGCUAUUCUGCGGUCUUCGUGACAAUCGGAGCUCCAGAAGCAGGUGAUGGGUGAGAAAAGCUUUUCUCUAGACUUCCUGCCCUCUGGAUCUGCUGCUGUUCCUUUGGCCUCUCUGAGAAACGCGCUCGUUUUGCUGCUUUCAUCAGAUUGAAGAGGUUCCCUCUAUCAGACUCGCUCAUCUGAGUUGGUCAUGAUGCAGGAUCGCUGCUCGCUCUCUCAUCCAUCCUGCUCACACUCUCCGACGGAAAAGGCCCGAAUCUGAAUGUGACUCUGGAGGAAAAAGCGGUUAGCUCUACUCCGUGAACUCUGCUGUUAGCUAAACACGGCUAAAGAAAACCUGCUACCACUUCAGGAUCAUCCAUCAGCUGGGACUGCUUCAUCAGCAUGGACACAGGUGUUCAACCGAUGGUGCUGGUUAAAGAAGCUCCUGAAGAACAGAGUGCUAGUGAGGACCAGCAGGACCCAGAACACUUCCACAUAAAGGAGGAACAGGACGAACUUAGGACCAAUCAGGAGACUGAUGCUGCCAGGUUUCCAUUCACUGUAGAUACUAUAAAGAGUGAGGAUGAUGAAGAGAAACCUCUGUUCUCACAGCUUCAUCAGCAGCAAAUGGAGGACAGAGAUGUUCCAACCAGCAGCUCAGCUGACCUGAAGACAGCAGAAACUAGAAAGUACUCAAAUCUUUUCCCUCAUGAACAGACAUCUGAUUCUUCAGAGACGGAAGUUAGUAGAGAUGAUGAAGAGGAUGAUGAAGUGAACAUAGACUCUGAGCUGUCUGACACUGGAGACAGAGUCAAUGACUGCAACAAGAGCAGGUCUUCUGAGUCAGAUGUUAAGUCUGUCAACAAAUCCUUUAGCUGCCCUGAGUGUGGUAAACUAUUUCUCCACAAGAGUUCUCUCCAGAAACACGUCAGAGUGACGGGACAUACGGCAAAAAGGUCUUCUGACUGUCGGGUUAUUAGAAAAUAUGUUGGAGUGAAGAAACAUGUGCACUCGUGCAGAAAAGUCCAGAAAGGACUAAAAUCAUAUUGUUGUGACGACUGUGGAAAAAGAUUUCGGGGAAUAUCAGGCUUAAACAGUCACAUGAGAGUCCACACCGGAGAUGAGCCUUUUGCCUGUGAACUCUGUGGACAAAGGUUUAAUCGAAAGACUAAUUUAAACAGUCACAUGAAAGUCCACACUGGAGAGAAGCCUUUUGCCUGUGAACUCUGUGGACAAAGGUUUAGUUGUAAGGCAAGUUUAAACAAUCAUAUGACAGUCCACACCGGAGAUAAGCCUUUUGCCUGUGAUCUCUGUGAACAAAGAUUUAAUCGAAAGACGAAUUUAAACAGUCACAUGAAAGUCCACACUGGAGAGAAGCCUUUUGCCUGUGAACUCUGUGGACAAAGGUUUAGUCGUAAGGCAAGUUUAAACAGUCACAUGAGAGUCCACACCGGAGAGAAGCCUUUUGCCUGUGAGCUCUGUGAACAAAGAUUUAAUCGAAAGACUAAUUUAAACAGUCACAUGAGAGUCCACACUGAAGAGAAGCCUUUUGCGUGUGAGCUCUGUGAACAAAGAUUUAAUCGAAAGACUAAUUUAAACAGUCACAUGAGAGUCCACACUGAAGAGCAGCCUUUUAGCUGUGAGCUCUGUGGACAAAGAUUUAGCCAAAAGGAACAUUUAAACAGUCACAUGAGAGUCCACACAGGAGAGAAGCCUUUUGCUUGUGGGCUCUGUGAACUCUGUGGACAAAGAUUUAGCAAUAAGGCAAGUUUAAACAGGCACAUGAGAGUCCACACCGGAGAGAAGCCUUUUGCCUGUGAGCUCUGUGGACAAAGAUUUAGCCAAAAGGAACAUUUAAACAGGCACAUGAGAGUCCACACAGGAGAGAAGCCUUUUGCUUGUGAGCUCUGUGAACAUACAUUUAAUCGAAAGACUAAUUUAAACAGACACGUGAAAGUCCAUACAGGUCAGAAGCUAUUUGUCUGUGAACUCUGUGGACAAAAAUUCAGCGAAAAGACACAUUUAAAGAGACACAUGACAGUUCACACAGAACAGAAGCCUUUUGCCUGUGAACUCUGUGGACAAAGAUUUAGUCAAAAGGGAAGUUUAAAUUCUCACAUGAGAGUCCACACAGGACAGAAGCCUUUUGCUUGUGAGCUCUGUGGACAAAGAUUUAGCCAUAAGACAAGUUUAAACCGUCAUAUGAGAGUCCACACAGGACAGAAGCCGUUUACCUGUGAGCUCUCUGGAAAAAAUUUAGUCAGAAGGCAAGUUUAAACCGUCACAUGAGAGUCCACAAAGGACAGAAGCCUUUUGCCUGUGAACUUUGUGGAUAAAAAUUUUGUUUUAAAACCAAUCUAAACUGUCAUGUUAGAGUCCACACAGGACUGAAGUCUUUUGCCUGUGAGCUCUGUGGAAAAAGAUUUAGUCAUAAAGCAAAUUUGAAACAGUCAUAUGGGAGUCCACACAGGACAGAAGUCUUUUGCCUGUGAGCUCUGUGGAAAAAGAUUUAGUCAUAAAGCAAAUUUAAACAAUCACAUGACAGUCCACAAAGGACAGAAGCCUUUUGCCUGUGAACUUUGUGGACAAAAAUUUAGUUUUAAAACCAAUCUAAACCGUCAUAUGAGAAUCCACACAGGACAGAAGUCUUUUAUCUGUGAGCUCUGGAUGGAAAUUUUGUGGUAAGACAAAUCUAAACCGUCACAUGAGAGUCCACACAGGAAAUAAUAAUUUUCACUGUUAGCUAUGUAAAAAUUUAGCCGAAAAACAAUUUGAAACCAUCCCAUCCCAUUUCUGGGAGCACUACUCCGAAUAUCUCGGGUGGAUGCAGCUCAGCCCGACCACUGUUCCUAAGGGCUCGGUUCAGUAUUUUCCCUCUACUUUCUACCUUAUUUUUAGCUCCUUCUCCGUUGAGGUACCUAGCAAGUCUGAGUCAGGCCGACAUUGUGAUUCUGGCCACUGAUUGGUUAGGGGGUGAAGUCACUGGUUCCUCUGGAAUUUUUUGCCUUCUGUUUCACUGCCUGCAGCCAUUUCCUUGUUCAGAAUCUGACAAAUAGCCAUUAAACUGAGCAAAAUGUCCAGCAACACCAUC